AUGGCGGCCUCACCAUUCGCCUCUCGCUCCCCCUCCGUGGCCGUCGCAUCUCCCAAUACUCUCAGGCUGAGAGCAACUGCAGCUCACGAUUCUGCGGGAGGAUUGCUUGCCUCAAAGUCUGUAUCCAACACAGACCAAGAGCUCACCGAACAGCUCAAUGACGAUGUCCGGCACAAAUACAUCAAAGAUAAGAAGCUUGGAGAAGGUACAUAUGCCGUGGUAUUCCUGGGGCACCUCCGGGACGACCCAUCAUCCUUCGUUGCCAUCAAAAAAGUCAAGGUCAAUGCCGAAUAUAAAGAUGGGCUGACUAUGGAUGCAAUUCGAGAAGUCAAAUACCUGCAAGAACUGUCCCACCCCAACAUCAUCGCCCUUCAUGAUGUCUUCUCUUCCAAAGACCAAAAUCUGAGCCUGGUGCUGGAGUUUCUUCCCCGGGGGGACUUGGAGAUGCUCAUCAAGGAUGGAGACAUCCAGUACGGAGUGGCCGAUGUCAAGGCCUGGAUGGGCAUGUUAGCCCGAGGCGUGUGGUUCUGCCAUGAAAAUUUUGUGCUUCAUCGAGACAUCAAGCCCAAUAACCUGUUGAUCGCAUCGGACGGCGAGGUUAAGCUGGCUGACUUCGGUCUGGCCCGAUCGUUCGCCGAUCCUUAUCUCAACAUGACUCACCAAGUCAUCACUCGCUGGUAUCGGCCACCGGAGUUGCUCUAUGGAGCCCGACAGUACUCGGGCGCGGUGGAUGUGUGGUCCAUGGGCAUGGUAUUUGCCGAACUUUUGCUGCGGGUCCCCUUUGUGGCCGGCAAUACUGAUUUGGACCAACUCUCCAAGAUUUGUGAAGCUUUUGGAACCCCCACUGAAGAGAACUGGCCGGGAGUCACACAGUUACCUAACUAUAUCCCUACGGACCGGACGCAGCUUGUGCCUGUGCAAGGCCGGGACUUCUUCCUUCGCCAGUUCCCUACGGCUGGACCGGUGGGAGCCGAUUUAAUGAUGUCAAUGUGUGCACUGGAUCCUCGCAAACGCCAUACGGCCCUUCAGGUGCUGCGCCACAACUGGUGGAUGAUAGAUCCCCAACCCACGCGGAAUGAAGAUCUCCCCCGAAAGUCCGGAGCGAAGAAGAUGGGCGAGGAUAUGGGCCGGCGCGGCGGCGAGAUUGACGAUGGACCCUUCAAAAAUGCCGCGCGACAAUUAGAUUUUGGAGCGAAGAAAUAA